CAAUCACUGCGAGACCAAGGUCAAUUCGUAGCUUAUCACCUCCACGAGGUCAGUUACAAUGGCUACUUACACUGAAGUGUCUCUUCCCCUGCCAGUCCUUCCAGAGGGCUGGUCAGCAGAGAAGGAUUUCAAGGCUCUUGGAAGUCUCUCAGCUGCAACUCAACGCAGCAUUGAGCCUGUUGGACCUCACUUCCUUGCUCACGCUCGCCGUGCCCGUCACAAGCGUACCUUCUCGGAAGAUGACAGGAUCCAAGCUCAAGUAAAUGCCAAGAAGGUCGAAGACGAAGAUGAUGGAGAGAUCAGCGAGCCCGAGGACCCAAUGAUGCUGUCGCGGGAUGCCAAGGAUUGGAAGAGCCAAGAUCACUACGCUGUCCUCGGUCUAUCAAAGUACCGAUACAAGGCCACCGAAGAACAGAUCAAGCGUGCUCACCGCAAGAAAGUCCUCCGCCAUCAUCCAGACAAGAAAGCUGCCGCCGGUAGCACCGAGGAUGACAGUUUCUUCAAGUGCAUUCAGAAGGCCACUGAAAUUCUUCUCGACCCCGUCAAGCGUCGUCAAUAUGACUCUGUCGACGAACACGCAGAUGUCGAACCCCCCACCAAGAAGCAAGCCAAGGGCGACAAGUUCUAUAAACUCUGGGGCAACGUAUUCAAAGCCGAAGGCCGUUUCUCUCGCAUCCAGCCGGUUCCCAAGUUCGGAGAUGAGAACAGCACAAAGGAGGAAGUCGAUGCCUUCUACAACUUCUUCUAUAACUUCGACUCAUGGCGCUCAUUCGAAUAUCAAGACGAGGAUGUUCCCGACGACAACGAGAAUCGUGAUCAAAAGCGUCACAUGGAGCGCAAGAACAACAAUGCCCGUAAGAAGAAGAAGACCGAGGAUUCCGCUCGUCUGAGAAAAUUAGUCGAUGAUGCCAUGGCGGGUGAUGAACGUAUCAAGCGAUUCCGUCAAGAAGCCAAUGCGGCUAAGAACAAGAAGCGCUUAGAAAGGGAGGCGGCUGAAAAGAAGGCAGCGGAGGAGGCAAAGGCGGCUAAGGAGGCGGCAGAGAAGGCUGCUAAGGAAGCAGAGGAGAAGGCCAAGGCAGAGAAAGAGCUAGGCAAGAAGGCUAAAGAAGCAGCGAAGGCCGCCGUUAAGAAGAACAGGCGUGUGCUGAAGGGCAGUGUCAAGGACGCGAACUACUUUGUUGAAGGAGAGCCCGAUGCGAAGGUCAUUGAUGCAGUGCUGAGUGACGUGGAGAUCGUGCAGGGUAAGGUGGAUGCUGAUGAGAUUGCAGCGUUGGCAGGCAAGUUGAACGGCCUGAAGGUGUCGAGUGAGAUUAAGGCUGUUUGGGCUGAGGAGAUCAAGAGAUUAGAGGCUGCGGGCAAGAUUAAGGAGGGCGAGGUCAAGAGCUUUGCUUGAGCUGCAAGCGUGAAGGG